CGUGGCAGCAAUAUGAAAAUUUCGCACAAUUACACAAUUGGAGCAUUUCUCUCCAAUUGCAGUGUUGAAAGAAGCAGAUGGCGGUAUAAAGAAAAAGCAUUUUAUGGGAGGGAGAGAGUGAAGAAUUUCACGUCGCAAUAUUUGCACGCACGUGUGAAUGUACAAUUCAUACCGGUACCUUACAAAUAAAACGAAAGAAAGAUGUAUUUGGAUCCGAAGCCAUCAAACCCUUUCGAAAUCAUAGUGGGAACUUACGAGCAAUAUUUGCUCGGAUACAAAGUGCACAACGUCGUAAAUGAAUAUAGCAUAGAGAAGAGUUUUGCAACUCACAGUCAUGCUGCAAGUAUACGUAGUGUCUCCAGUAAUAAAUACUAUCUAGCUUCUACUGGUGCCGAUGAAGCAGUAUGUUUGUAUGACAUGCGUUAUAGGAGAGAAUCUGUCAAAUUAAUGCAUCAUAAAGAUGCCAUCAAUUGUGUUGCAUUUACUCCAGAAGGGUCACACUUGUUUACGUGCAGUAACGAUGGUAGUAUAAGUGCUAUUCGUUGUGGUAAUUGGCAACUGGAUAAACUCUGGUCAGCGGCACACAAAGGUUCGGCUGUCAAUACUUUUACUAUUCAUCCAACAGGAAAACUAGCAUUAUCUACUGGAGCUGAUGGUGUGCUUAGAACAUGGAAUCUGAUUAAAGGUAGACAAGCUUACGCUACUAACUUAGUACCAAAACUGAAGUCUGAUGCUAAAUGGGUAACAAUCAUUAAGUGGAGUCCGAAUGGCGAAAAAUAUCUAUUAGCUACUAAUGCAAAUAUAUAUGUAUAUUCUGUGGAAACAGCUAGCAUAGAUAAAGAACUUACAUUCGAGUCAAAAGUUAUUUGCGUAGAAUUCUUAAAGGAUACUUUAAUCGCUAUUGGUUUCGAGAAUGGAGAAAUCAAAUUUUAUGACCUUCGAACUUCGAUGCAUACAAUGAAUACAAAGGCUCACAGUAUGAGAGUAAAAUGUAUUGCACAUAUGAAUAACUUAUUAGUUAGUGCUUCCAGUUCUGGAGAAAUUAAACUUUGGAAAUAUAACAAGCAUAGUUUGGACAUGUUGCAAACUGUUAAUUGUGGCGCAAGGAUUACUUGUCUUUCUCUGGCACAAAUCUAUAAAGACUUAGUACAGGAAGAAGUUAAAUUGGAAGAAAAUGAGGGUAAAAAGAAGAGCCGGCUCAGACUGAAACAAGAAGUUAUUAUUGAAGAUGAAGGUGAGUUGAAAGACUCAGACGGCGUUACAAAUUCCAAAGAGAAAACAUCAAAAAUAAAACGUAAAAGAAAGAGACCUAUAGAAGACAACGUUGAGAAUUUACAGAAGAAAAUUCCAGAGUCAAAAGAGACUAAUACUUCAAAGAGAAAGAAAGAUGUACUAUCGCAGACAGAAGAUGUUAUUGAUAAACCAAUAAAGAAGCAAAAACUGUUAAAGGCAAACUCUUCUAGUAAGAAACGAAAAGAGGACAGUGCUGCAUCACAAAUCACUUUUCCGAAAAAGAAAAUGAAAAAGAUGAAUAAACUUGAAGAAUCAUCUCUCUCUCACAAAAAACAUAAAAUAAAAUUACCAAUGACAAACAUCGAAGACGCUCCGCCUAGGAAAAUAAAGAAGAAAAUAAAAGCGGAAAAAGAAGUUAUGUCAAAAAGGAAAAAGAAGAUAAAUGAAUAAAUUAGGUUUCAAUUUAGGAGAAAGAAGUCUCUUUAUAAAAGUUAUUCUCUUCCGUGUGAUAUUUACAUAAUAAGCUUAGGGCUAAGAGUAGCACUUAAGAAUAGUAUGUAAUAAAUUACUCGCUAGUUCCUAUAACUGUAAAUCAGUCUAUAUUUACAA